AUGCCACUACGUUUACAAACAGCCGACGGGGGCUUUGCCAUAAAUACCGCUUGAAAGCCGUACCCUUCAUACUGCAGGAUCGCUGUUAGAUACGACAACUCUAACGAUGAAUCUACUGACAUCUUCGCUAGUUGUUCUUUGUGCAUUUUUGCCAUCAGUUGUGCCUGCACCUGCCGGAUCUAAAGGCGGGGCAGCUCCAAAACCACAUAGCUGCGCUGCACUGUAUAACAAAAAAUGCAAAGAAAUAGCGCACGAAAUGUCAGAACAAGACUUUGACCAAAAGAUCAAAUAUGUACCGGUCGUUGUUCAAUGCAUACAUGAUGUCAAAAGCCAUUGUAAAAAAGACACUGACGGUGUCCAAAGCUUAAACCAUUUAUUGCAAAAGAUCGAACACGCGGUUAAUAAAUUUGUGCCUGCACCUGCCGGAUCUAAAGGCGGGGCAGCUCCAAAACCACAUAGCUGCGCUGCACUGUAUAACAAAAAAUGCAAAGAAAUAGCGCACGAAAUGUCAGAACAAGACUUUGACCAAAAGAUCAAAUAUGUACCGGUCGUUGUUCAAUGCAUACAUGAUGUCAAAAGCCAUUGUAAAAAAGACACUGACGGUGUCCAAAGCUUAAACCAUUUAUUGCAAAAGAUCGAACACGCGGUUAAUAAAUUUGUGCCUGAUAAAGCCAAGCCCAAAGCAUUAGACACUGCUAAACCUGGUAGCUGCUCAGUACUGUAUACAAAAAAAUGCGGACCUCUUGCGAACAAUCUGGGACAAGAUCUCCAUAAAGCUCUACGGGUCAUAGCUCAUUGCAUAAAUGAAGUGAAAAAACAUUGUAAAAAAGACACUGAAGGUGUUGAAAUCUUAAACAAUAUGUUGGCAUCGAUCGAACAAGAACAAGCGGCUAAUAGAAAUGUACCUGCCAAAUCAGGACACAAAGCAGGGGCAACUCACAAACAACUUAGCUGCGCUGAACUGAGUAACAAAAAAUGCGAAGCUCUUGCGAAUGAGAUCAAAGAGCAAGAAUUUCACCAGCAGUGCAAAAAUAUACCAGACUUAGUCCACUGCGUACAAGAAGUCAAAAAACAGUGUAAAAAAGACACUAAAGGUGUUGAGUUUUUAGAAGAAAUAAUAGAAAUGUUCGAACUAGCGGCUGACGAAUGCAACCAUGCGUCCAAGGCAGAGAAGGCAAAAGAUGUGAAAAAGAAAAAAACAACAACUGUUAAAAAAAGAACUACCACGCACCGUCGUAGAGGAUGGUGAUAGUUAUAUUUCAAGCAUACAGCACAGAUUUCAACCUAACCGUACACCAAGGAAAAAAGAAAACAGUUUUUUUUUUGUGUGCUGUCUUUGCUUUUGUUAAAAUUAAAUAUUUUGACCUGACAA